UAGUUCCUGGCUGCUUGCUAUUUGGAGCGAUGGCGCGCACGAAGCAGACGGCGCGGAAGUCGACGGGCGGCAAGGCGCCCCGCAAGCAGCUGGCCACCAAGGCUGCCCGCAAGAGCGCGCCGGCCACGGGCGGCGUCAAGAAGCCGCACCGCUACCGGCCCGGCACGGUGGCGCUGCGCGAGAUCCGGCGCUACCAGAAGUCCACGGAGCUGCUGAUCCGCAAGCUGCCCUUCCAGCGCCUGGUGCGCGAGAUCGCGCAGGACUUCAAGACCGACCUGCGCUUCCAGAGCUCGGCCGUCAUGGCGCUGCAGGAGGCCAGCGAGGCCUACCUGGUGGGGCUCUUCGAGGACACCAACCUGUGUGCCAUCCACGCCAAGCGCGUCACCAUCAUGCCCAAGGACAUUCAGCUGGCCCGCCGCAUCCGCGGCGAGCGCGCCUGAGUUCCGAACUGCUGCAGCCCUUGCUGGCCGGCCAUUCAGGCAACCCACGCAGACCCAAAGGCUCUUUUAAGAGCCACUACAUGCACAAUUAAAAGAGCUGUUGCGCUAUCUUGAAACAAACGCGGUUUUAGUAGUUGCGUGAGGGACGAAGUUUCAUGGUCUGGGAGGUGUCUUUAAAGAAUCUUGGACUUUGGUAACAGCUGUUUCAUGAUACACAGAACAAGCCGCUAAAACUCAAUAUUUUAGGAUUCGAUUGUUAAAUUUCCAAUGAGCCCCGAGAAUGUUUUACCUGUUCUGGAGCCAGAUAGGUUUUUUGAUUGCAUCGGUUUUAGUUUUAGUUUUCAAAGCAGUGCUGAGCCCUUUUAUUAUGCAUGUA